GAUUCGUUCUGGUGUUUUAGUUGCUCACAAUGUAGAAUGGUCCAAUGAAACAUAGAAUUUGGCCCCCAAAUUUUUUUUUGACAUUUUUUUCAAAUUAUGAAAAAAAAUUGUAUAGAAGUUCAUAAAAAAAAUAUUUAUGGUUCUCAAAUUUUCAGAUCAUGUACUGCUGGAUAUGAACCUAAAUGAUUUGAAUCUAUAUUAAAUUAAAUAACAUAAUGAUUGGUGGAUUUUUUUUAACCUGGUCAAACUGAAUUGAAACUAAAAUAGUCUAGUAGACACAAAUAAAUAUAUUUGUCAAAUUAUAAGAAAACAAUUAAGUUUCUUUUUUUUCUAAUUAUUUUAUCUUUCUGAUCAUCACUCAAAACAAAAUUAAAACUCACCAUUCCAGUUCAGAACAGAUUAGUCCUUAAGAACCAAAAAGCAUACCCAAGACCACAUAAUAUUAGAGAUAACAUAUUAUAUACAUAGUUCUCGCAUUCCUAUCUUAUGGUUCAAAACAUGUUAUAAAAUAUUACAGCUUAGUUUAGAUAAUUUCCCAACCAAUUGGCUCUAACUCAAUAAGAGUGCUAACAAGUAAACACAGAAGAGAGAUGUUUUGAAAAACGCUAAAGGGACAAACUAUGUUACUACAAAACUGGUGGGUGUGAUCGUUAAUGAAAAAAAACAGAUGGACCAGGUUCUAUUCUUCGUGAACGCGUGUUUUGUGAACUGUGGUCGAUAGGUAUGAAAUAAAUAUAUGUGUAGAAUACGUAAUGAUUAGCAAUGAAAGAGGGUUGGAUAUCUAAUCUAACUUGUUGGGUCAACAAACCACUCUGUUCGAAUCUAGGUCCAGAGUUGUUGCAGGAUCAACAGUCCCGUUUAUAUAUUUUCAGCCCUAACAAUGUUGUAGACAAAUCCUUCAUCAUAUCAUGAACAUGAAUGUUUAUUAAAUUUAGUAAUAAUGCGGUAUUUUCCUUAGAAGUUUCCUAUACAAUUUCCUCCUUUUUCUUGCUUGUUCCUCGACAUUAACAUCACGCUUUUCAUUUAUUUAGUUGAUAAGUUUUAGGAUUGAAAGUCGAAACAAAGAGAAAACAAGCAAUGCCACGUAGUUAUAGUCAAACUUUGAAUAUAUAAUCAAAUGUUAAUGCAGAGUCAUAUCAUUUUCAAUGUUUAGAUUUCCAAAUAGUUGAGAAGAUAUUAGCAUAAUUAACGUUAUGUUAAAAAAAAAAUUAAUGUUAUGUUUAGGAAAAGGAGAGGAAACUGUAAAGAGAUAAGAUAUAAAAGUCCAUAUAUAUGUACACUUGGUUGCAGAAACUUGUCCUCCUUAUCAUGCAUUCAAGUUCUUUGUCUUCAUAUAUACAUCAAGAUACUAAUACUUGGUCCCCUGGAACAUGUAACAUUGACUAGCUAGAAUAGAGGAGACGAAGACCCAGUUCAAAUUAUAGUUUUAUUAAUGUUUGACAUUGCAAAUAAUCACUAAAAUAAAAAAAUAUAUCCCUAAACAUAUUCAGAAAUCAAAUUGUUAUUCAUCCAAUAUUCUACGCUUUUCUUACUUAUAACACUUUUUCAAAAUAGUAUUCUACAAAACCGGCUGCGCAUGUAAUAUAAAAUACAAAAAAAAAAACUCAAAAUAGAUAUUCAAAUUUUCUAAAAUAUACCAAGUAGUAUGUGAUACUAGUAAUUAUCAACAAAAAAAUCAUAAAAAUAUAUUUGUUUGAUUUAUACCAAGUAGCAUAUAAAACUACUACUAGUAUAUAUCUCCAAUAAUAUGUAUUCACUUUGACAAGAAAAGAGAAAAAUAAAGUAUUUUAGAAACGGAUCUCUAGUAAUAUUUUUGCUUAUAUAUAUAUAUAUAUAUGCUGUUUAAGCUGAUAAAAAUUAAUGAAAGUCAAAUAAAAUUAUAUUAAUUAGAGCAGUUUUGGGAAUAUAUAAACGCAAAAGGUAUCAUCAAACGGCUAUAAUUGGCGUUACAGUUUUCCAAAGACGAGAGGGAUUAAGAUUAUUAUUUUCUCGGAUAUUUAUUUAUACGCAGAGGCACUUCUCUGUUUUAUUUUUUAUUGUUCGAGUUUCUGAGGAUUACUUUUGAUCUCUGGGUUCGAUAAUCUCUUCUCCCUCGCAUAAAGUUUCCUCCUUUUUAUUGUGGGUGUCACAAUCAUGUCAGAUGGGUACUAUAGUUGUAAGAAAACAGACGAUAUCUGCGAAGAUGUUUGUGGUCAGGAUGGUUCUCGAGCAGCCAAGGCCUUCUCAAGAGUGAGAUGCGUACUACGCGGACUCGAUUUCAAGACAUACAUCAUCUUCCUCACGAUCGUCCCCAUCUUCAUCCUCGGAGUCUACUUGCACGGACAGAAACUCACCUACUUCUUGAGACCCCUCUGGGAAUCACCGCCCAAGCCCUUUCAAACCCUCCCACAUUACUACCACCACAACGCCUCCAUGGAGACUCUCUGCAGCCUCCACGGGUGGACGCACCGGGAGUCUCCUCGGCGCGUCUUCGACGCCGUGCUGUUCAGCAACGAGGUCGACAUGCUCACCAUCCGCUGGAAAGAGCUUUACCCUUACGUCACGCAGUUCGUGAUACUAGAAUCUAACUCCACCUUCACCGGUUUGCCUAAACCGCUGGUUUUCGCGGCGAACCGAGAGAAGAACUUCGAGUUUGUGGAGCCGAGGCUGACGUAUGGGAACAUAGGAGGGAGGUUCAAGAGAGGGGAGAACCCUUUUGUUGAAGAGGCUUACCAGAGGAUCGCGCUUGAUCAGCUGAUAGGACUCGCGGGGAUUCAAGAAGAUGAUCUGUUGAUAAUGUCUGAUGUUGAUGAGAUCCCCAGCGCGCACACCAUCAACCUCCUUAGAUGGUGCGAUGGUUACCCUCCCGUUCUCCAUCUCCAGCUCAAGAACUACCUCUACUCGUUCGAGUACUUUGUCGAUAACAAGAGUUGGAGAGCUUCUGUUCAUCUGUACAAGCCCGGGAAGACGCGGUACGCUCAUUUUCGACGAGGGGAUACUCUAUUGGCCGACUCUGGUUGGCAUUGCAGUUUCUGUUUCAGGCGCAUAAGCGAGUUUGUGUUCAAGAUGAAAGCGUAUAGCCACAACGAUAGGGUGAGAUUCUCUCAUUAUCUGAAUCCGAAGAGGAUACAAGAUGUGAUAUGCAGAGGGACUGAUUUGUUCGAUAUGCUUCCGGAAGAGCAUACGUUUAGGGAGAUCAUCGGGAAGCUGGGGCCGAUCCCUAGGUCUUACUCGGCUGUUCAUCUCCCGGGGCAUUUGAUAGAGAAAGCUGAGAGUUAUAAGUACUUGUUGCCUGGGAACUGCGUUAGAGACAGUGGCUGAUAAGGGUUUGUGCUUAUCAUCAUCAGUCUUUUUAGUGGGGGAGUCUGAACCAGAGGUUUGGUACAGUUUAUUUGAGGAGAGUGAUCUGAUAAGUGGAGUCUCUGGUGAGGGUAUAUAACAUUUUACUGACUUCAUGUUCCCAUGUUGUUUUUGGGAAGUUUUGCUGGAAUAGUCUUUCCAUCUCUUAUCUCUUUUUUUUUAGUCUGUACAAUCUAUUAGUGAGUUGUUUACAUUAUCCUCAGAUUCUUUGUAAUCUUUAUUCUUAAAAAUUCUUAAAUUGAUCUCCUA